UCCCCCUCUGGACGGUGUGGCCAUGGCUGGCGACGAGGACCAUGAGCGACGAUGCCUCUGCUGCAGGCCGGCGACGAGGAGCUGAUUGCGUUUUGUACUUUUACCCGAAGGGUGACUAUGCAAAAAUACCAGGGCCCCACAUGUCAUAAUCGAGGUUAAAAUGCAUAAAACGGUUGAUCAGUGUUUUUUGCAAAAGAUGAGGACUAAAAUCAGUGUUUUCUGGCACAAAUUCGUAGGAGAGUCUUUCAUGCAAACCUACAUUUCAAUGUGGUGGUUUUUAGCCCGGCUUGAAGGUGCACUGGCUUUGGUUCCUGGUUGUGAAUGACUGUGUGGGGGCACUAUAUCACGCGGCUCCAAUACUUGUUGACUUGACCUUGACCUGGGUCUUGCAUUUGUCGGUCGUCGUCACGGAGUUCCGGCAUGCAUAUCACACUCUGUUGUGACCUUUGCGUCCCGGCCCUGCCCUUCACACUGUUUUCUCCCCUCCCAAUCUCAUCGAUCCAGCAGCUUUAGAGCUCCACAAAGUAGCAGCCACCAUGGCGGAGCAGCUUGCUUCCGUGCCGGAGGAGAGCGCCACCGGCUUCGCGGCUCCCUGCCCGCCGCCCAACUCCUACCGCGAGUCGAUCCUGAGCGUCGGCGUCGUCUGGCCCGAAUGGCGCGUCACAUCGACUCACUCCUCCCAGUCCGGUCACAGCGGAUCCAACUACUCCAGCGACUCCGGCGCCUCCAGGUCCAACAACUCAGGCUACUCCUCCGGCUCGGUGUUCGCCGGCGCAGCCGACUUGGGUGCCAAGGAGCUCACAAAGAUCGCUCAAAGAAUGUCCAGCGACGGCUACCUCCUACGCAUAUUCCAAACAUUCAUCGAAUCAUCUUCCUCGCCAGUAGUCACAUACGAUGAGUGGUGUUCGCUGGAGAAUUGGUUCGUCGAGCUUGACGCCGACUGGGUUCUCCAAAGACACAACAACCAUGAUUUACGGCAGCAGCUCCAAGAGGCGCCCGUGUCUCGGCUCGAAGAAUUCGUGGAGAGGUGGAUCCGAGCUCUCAUCGUAAUCCUCGCCAGCAUCAAAGAGCUGGUCGCUGCCACCCACGAGAUGCCAGCAGUUGUACGGUUUGCCAAAGCGAGCAUCUCACCGAUGCUCGUCUUUGUCGACGCCGUCGUCCAUGUUUUCGAGUUGGAGAAGCUACAGGCUGCGCUACACACUUAUGUAUGCGUCUCCAAUGCAUCAUACGACAUGUGUACAAUGCACUUGAUCUCUUCGAAAGCCCCAAGCUUUUUCAGCGACAUAGGCGCCCCGUUGGACAGAGCAAGGCAGAGGUUAAGGUGGGCCAUAUCAAAGAAGAUGUGGGAUUUGGAGUUGGAACUUGAUCAUGAUGACUCGUGGCCUAUCGAGAUUCUGCAAGGAGAAAGCAAGAUUCACAAGAACAUUCGGUUGCUGGCAGAGUGCAUAGUGCUGAUGAGGAAAGCACAUACUUCGACGCAGAAGAACUCUGCAGGGAGCCACCACAUGGGAAAGCUAAUUGGUAACCUGAUACAUAACCCAACCGGUUACCUGAAGCGUCUUAUUUUGGCAAAAUCGAAGCUGUUCACAAAUCCAAGCGUAAGGUACAUGUUCCUGCUCAACAAUUCCCAUUUCAUAGCGCAGGUGUCUGAGCCAUCGGGGGACCACCAGGGACUUAAACUUACACCUGAAUGUCAGAAGCAUAUGGAUAGUUAUCUUCAUGCUUCUUGGGGGCAAGUGUUGUCAUGCCUUCAGAAAUCAAAGUUUCCCGGACCGCUCCGUCACUGGAUUAGCACCUCUUCGCUAGCUAAAUUCGAGUCAGCGUUUCAUCAAACUUACCAGGCACAGAAGUUAUGGAAGGUUCCGGACCCUCGGCUCAGAGAUGUGCUGCGGAAAGCUAUCACCAGGAGAGUUAUUUCAGGUUACGGCAAGUACCUGAAGGAACAUCCCAGGCUACAGAAACAUGUUGGCCGCGAAAGCAGCAGUCCGGAAGUUUUGGAGGAGAUGUUGGGAGAGCUAUUUGAAGGAUGAAAACUACUUGAGGCAUCGAAAAAGUCACUAGCAAAUAAGAGGCUGGACUUGUAUUUCAUUGUCUUAUUUGGAAAUUUUUCUUUCGUUUUGAAGUGAAGUUGUAUUCUGAA